AUGGUGCACUUAUUAUUUUGGCUCCUGACUCUUUUACACAAAAUGUGUCCGGGACAUGCUUGGGUGGUGAGUAACUUUCUUAUGACGGGACCCAAGACAUAUCUCACCUAUUCAAGAAGCGUGCAGGAGGGCGCAAUGAGUGGGAUUGAGGAGUGCAGACACCAGUUUGCGUGGGACAGAUGGAACUGCCCCGAAAGCGCAACUCAGUUUAAAGGACUGAGACGAGCCACCAGAGAGACCUCUUUCGUCCAUGCCAUCAGUGCAGCGGGGGUCAUGUACACUCUGACCAGGAACUGUAGUCUGGGAGACCUCGAAAACUGCGGCUGUGAUGUCUCCAAGAACGGUAAAAUUGGUGGUAGUGGCUGGCUGUGGGGUGGCUGUAGUGAUAACGUGGAUUUCGGAGAGAGGAUUUCCAAACAGUACGUGGACGCGCAGGAGACAGGUCAGGACUCCAGGGCUGCAGUCAACCUGCACAACAAUGCGGCUGGGCGCCUGGCAGUGAAGGCAACAAUGAGGCGCAUCUGUAGAUGUCACGGCAUGUCUGAGAGCUGCAGUGUCCAAACCUGCUGGACGCAGCUGUCAGAUCUCAGAGACAUCGGCAACUACCUGAAGUUGAAGCACAGCCAAGCGCAGAAACUUGACAUCAACAAGAAGCGCAUGCGUGCUGGCAACAGCGCGGACAACCGAGGAGCCAUCGUGGACGCGUUCGGCAGCGUGGCCCAGACUGAGCUCAUCUACCUGGAGGACUCCCCGGACUACUGCAGGAGGAACACCAGCGUGGGGCUGUAUGGCACCGAGGGCCGGGAGUGCCUGCAGCACGGGGAGGGGCUGACCCAGUGGGAGAGGCGCAGCUGCCGCAGGUUGUGUCAUGAAUGCGGCCUGAAGGUGGAGGAGAGGCGCACGGAGGUAGUAAGUAGCUGCAACUGCAAAUUCCAAUGGUGCUGCACGGUGAACUGCGAGGACUGUUCUCAGGUGAUAGUCAAACACGUGUGCGCCAGGAGGGAAGCGGCUGAUGGGCACGGCUAUAGACGGAGGUACCGUGGACCCAAGUGA